AACAAUAUGGCCGCAGGGCUCUACUGAAAUAUAUACACUGUGCUACACUGUGCUACACUGUACAGGCGGUACAUAGCAUAUCUUGCGUCCCAACUUGUCAAACUUCCCGCACGAGCUUUCGUCCUCUCUGAUGAUGACGACUCGUUCCUGUCGUGCCUCUCGGGAUUCGGGAAGGCCCAAAGACGCGACAUGUGUGACCGGGCUGAGCCAAAGUGCUGGAAUCCCGAGUGUCCCUUUGUCCGUGCCCCAGGCCCUUCGACUGGGCCGUUACAAAUGGCGCCGAGCAUAUGGUGCCAUUCCCACGAGCAUCAGCAGCCGAGGCACCAAUCACGGCGCCACUCGUCCCCCCCGGGGCGUUCUUGGAAGGCAAUCCCCCGCAACACCGAUUGCCCGAUUGCACGAUGCACCAUAUCGUGCGUUGAACGAGGCCCGCGCGGGCGUGUCGUGUGCAACGAGGCGGCAAGGCCCUCGAAGAAGCGCGCUAAAGCGGCGUGCCGGCAGCCCAGACGAGUCGGAGACGACCUAUCGCAACCCCGCCAUUAGCAUUACCCUGCGCCCCGGACUCCGGGUUUUACCGAUCGCGGGUUCGCCGCUCCGCACGAGAAACCUUCAAGGGCGCGACGUCACACUCGUGGGCGUGGGACUCUGACCGACCAGACGGGACUCCACCAAAAGCGACCAAACCCUGCCGCCGCUACGCUACUAA